UAAGAGCAUUAUAUGAUUUUGAUUCAAAUGAGUCUACAAAUUUAUCUUUCAAAAGAAACGAUAUCAUACAAGUACUUACCCAACUAGAAUCUGGCUGGUGGGAUGGACUAUGUAAUGGUGAACGUGGUUGGUUUCCAAGUAACUACGUUACUGCUUAUGAAGGGAAUCAUAUGCUGGAUGAGGAUGAAAAGUUGAUUGAUUGGAUUACUCAACAUACUCCGGAUGGUGAUGCUUUUUAUUAUAAUACAAAGACAGGUGAAUCAUCAUGGGAAUUACCAAUUGAUGAUAAUGAAUCUUAUUCAUCAACAUAUACAACGAGUGGUAAUAGUAAUUCAAGAACGUUACCAGAAAAUUGGGUACAACAACCAACCGUAGAUGGAAGGUUUUACUAUUAUAAUGUAAUAACUAAGGAGAUUAAAUGGACUUAUCCUAAAAAUGGUACUAUGAAUGCUACUUCUAGUAAUUCCGAUAUUAGUGAGUACAAGGAUGAUGAAAUUGAAUUACAAAAAAAUUAUUUAAAAAAUGAUAAAAUUGAAGAUAAAGCGAGUAUUAUUAAUUCUAAAGAUAGUCAAACCAGUAAUGACACUAUUCAACAAAUGUCACAACAAAGAAGAUCAAUUGAAAAUCUUUCACUCAUUUGGACUCAGAAAUUUACAGCUCAAGGUAGAGUGUUUUAUUAUAAUAAAUUAACGGGUGAGACAACCUGGAAUUUUGAUAAUAUCAAUGCCGAUGGUCAAUUAAUGAAAGUUGGAGAUGAAAUUUUAUCUAACGGAGGUGAAUCAGGCGAUGAAGAUCUGCAUGAGCCAUUAUCCCCAACUCCUACAUUAUCUAUGUACUCUCAACCAAAAAUUUUUUCGGAAGAUUCAAUUUUACCAAAUGUUAAUGAACUAGUUACAUGGGAUUCUUUAUUACAGAAUAUUAUCUUAGCUAUUGACAAUCUUAAUUUGGCAGUUUUAGAGAAUUUGAAACAAAAUUAUACGAGUUACACCAAUGCUAUUGUUGAAAGUGUAAGAAUUAUGCUCUAUGCAUCUGGAACUAUUGAAAAAGAUUCACCUGCAAUUAAACAUAAUAAAAAUCUAAAGGUUUAUCAUAGACGUAUAAUGGCUUCACUUUCAAAAUUAGUUCUUUCAACAAAGGUAGCUUCAGAUGUAUGGCCUCCACCAGAUUCUACUCAAAAAUUGAAAAACGAUGCUUAUGAAGUUUUAGUUGCGGUUCGACAAUUUGUUCAAGCUUCUGAACAUAUUGUUGUUAUUAGAAGAGUUGAUCCAAGGAUAUUGGAAAGCACUAUAGGUGGUUCAUGGCGUGGUAAUAGUAAUCUAUUACAAACACAAAAAAAUGGAAAAAAUGGAAUUAUUAGAACUAACGAUCGAAUACCAAAUCUACCUUCAAUUUCGUCAAGUAUAAGUUCACAAGAAAAUAAUAGCAUUCCAAACUCUCCUACACAUUUAUAUAGUCAAUCACGUUCUUUAUCGAAUGAUCUUAUUGCUUCAUUGGAUCAAACUUCUCGCAAUAUAUCCCAAACUAUUGUAUCGCUUCUUAGUCAUGUUAAUAAAGUAAUUGAUACUCCUCAUUCAAUAUCCAGUUCAAAUAUCUCUUUUGCUUCUCAACUAAUUUCACAAACUAAACAAGUCGUCACUCAAGUUGGACAAUUUUUAUCUCUUAUCGAAGAUAUAAAUUUGGAUGAUUUGAAUGAAUCUAGUUUAGAUACAAUAAACGAAUUUAAAAUAGCCAAACAAUCGACAUAUAACAGCAUAGCUGGAUUAGUUAUUUGUAUUCAAUCAGCGACUGAUCCGUUAGCUCCACUAAAUGUUAUGGACCAAGUUUUAAUUGCUACAAAUAAGGUAGAUAAAGCAGUGGCAGAUGUUGUUCUUGCUACAAAAUUUCUUGUUGAAGAAAAGGAUGCUCAAGAACAAAUGAAAAUUCAAGCUAUGCGUCCAAGACGACCUAGCACUGUCGAAGUUCCACCAACAAAGAGACGUAUUACUUCAAAUUCUAAUUCUCUUGAUCAAAUUGUUGAAACUGACUUGACAACAACAGAUCAAUCUAUGACUCUUAAAGAAGCUCAAUCUUCAACAGCGGGUAUAAAAAUCGUUCCUGAAGACGAUAUUAUAAUAAAUGAUGGUGAUUCAACAAUAGUUGAUUUAAGUUCUGAUGAUCAUGAUUUACCAAUGUCCCCAAUUUCAACUAAUGAAAGCUACCGCCUUCGUUCUGAUAGUUCAGUUAGUUCCUCAACUUAUAAUGAUGCUUUAUCAUUUCAAACUCAUUCUCGUUCAAACUCUCAGUUUGUUUCUGCAUCAGCUGAUUAUCCAUAUUCUUCAUCUCCUCCGUUAACAAUUGAAGGUACGAGCGGGACUAUAUCACCACGUAGUGAAAAUAAGGUUAAAAAAUUCUUUGGUGAAAUAGUCCCUCAUUCACAUAAGCAAAAAGAAGAUAAACCUUGGUUCCUUAAUCAUGAUUAUGAUCAAUCAGAAAUGAUAUUUAAUAUGGAAGGUUAUGUCAAAGGAGGAACUCUUAAUGCACUUAUAGAAAGGCUUACCAUGCAUGAUCUAUUAGAUUCAAAUUUCAUUGCUACAUUUUUAUUGACAUAUAGAUCUUUUUGUACAACAGAUGAAUUCUUUGAUAGGUUGGUUAAAAGGUUUAUGAUUCAAUCGCCUGAUAAUUUGACUCAUGAUGAAUUAGAAGUUUGGCAAGAAAAGAAGCAAACACCUAUAAGAAUAAGAGUUUUUAAUAUCAUGAAAACUUGGUUAGAAUAUUAUUAUAUAGAUGGUGAGGAUUCACAUUGUUUAGAAAGAAUGAGUGAGUUUGCAAAUACAACGAUGAACGAGAAGAUGUCAUUUGCUACGAAGGGUUUAAUGAAAUUAAUAGAGAAACGAGUAUGUAAAAAUGCUAAGUUUAAGGAAUUGGUAAUAACAAAUUCCGACAAGCCACCGGCAUCAAUCUUACCCAAGAACAUCAAGAAACUCAAAUUCUUGGAAUUAGAUCCUUUGGAAAUUGCUAGACAACUAACUUUAAUAGAAAGUAAAUUGUAUAACAAAAUCUUACCUGUUGAAUGCCUAAAUAAGGCUUGGAGUAAGGACGAAGGUGAUUAUGCAGCAGUAAACAUUAAGGCCAUGAUUGUGAACAGUAAUCAAAUAACGGGAUGGGUAGCCGAGUCAGUUUUAGAUCAACUAGAAAUCAAAAAAAGAUGUUUAUGUAUUAAACAUUUUGUAGCAGUAGCUGAUAAGUGUAGAACUUUGAAUAAUUUUAAUUCGCUUACAGCUAUUAUUUCUGGAUUAAAUUCUGCGCCAAUUCAUCGUUUGAAGCGUACAUGGGAAUUGGUAAAUUCAAAAACUAUACAGACACUCGAAAGUCUUAAUAAGAUUAUGAAUUCUACAAAAAAUUUUGCCGAAUAUCGAGAGUUGAUACAUAGCGUAAAUCCACCGUGCGUACCAUUUUUAGGUGUAUAUUUGACUGAUCUUACAUUCAUCGAAGAUGGUAAUCCCAACAAUCUUAAAAAAUCACGUUUGAUUAAUUUCUCAAAACGCAUGAAAACAGCAGAAGUGAUACGUGAAAUUCAACAAUAUCAAUCUGCUCCUUAUAAUCUUAAUUCAAUACAAGAAAUACAAGCGUUCAUAAAGUGUCGUUUACAGAAUAGCCGAGAUGUUGCAGAUUUGUAUGAUAUAAGCCUUAGCAUGGAACCAAGGGAGCGUGAGGAUGAAAAGAUUGCCCGCUUAUUACAAGAAUCUGGUUUUCUAUAA